UAGACCACAUUCAAAGACUUUCCUGAAGCAUCGAAUACAAUGUACUCUCCGAUUUGUUUGGCUCUGGGCCUUAUGGCCGCCCUAUUCACUGGUGGCAAUGCCGACCUCGACAAUACCCGCAUUGUCGAUGGCGAUGUCAUCCAUGUGAGCCAGGCUCCCUACAUCGUCCAGCUGAGAAUUGGCAGUCAACCCUUCUGUGGUGGUACCUUGGUUCAUCCUGAAAUUGUGGUCACUGCCGCCCAUUGUUUCGAUGAUCUUACCCCUGAAUUGAUGGCUCAUUUGAAGAUUGUUGGCGGUGCCAAUACCAGAACCGAUGAAGGUGUCCAACGCCGUGUUGUGUCCAUGAUCAAAUCGGGUACCUACAACAAACAAACCCUGAACACCGAUGUUGCCAUCCUGAAGCUGGAAAGUCCUAUGGUGGGAAAAUUCAUCAAGACCGUACCAUUGUGCUCCGCUCCACCAGAGCAAGGUGAUUUGAUUCAAGUUUCCGGCUGGGGUCACACCUCGUUCAAGGGUGUUGGUUCUCAUGAUUUGCUUACAAUUCGUGUUCCCACUAUUAACCGUCAAACGUGUCAACGCUACUAUGGCAUCCCCAUCACCAGCUACAUGUUCUGUGCCAACGGUGGCAGCAAGGACUCUUGCCAAGGUGAUUCUGGCGGCCCAGCUAUUUUGUUCGGUGAACUUUGUGGUAUUGUAUCAUUUGGUGCUGGUUGUGCUUCGGGUGCUCCUGGUGUCUACGCUGAUGUCUACAAUUUGCGCGAAUUCAUCAACAAUGCCAUGGAUAGUUUGUUGAAGCAGUAAGAAUGGGCGGAAGGGUUGUAUGUAACUCUGUCGUUUCUUAACGAAUAAAUGAUUUAAUAAAAAGCAAAAAAA